GCAAGUACACGUAUUUUAUUUAACUAUCGUGCAGCAGUGAGGGACCCACUAGAUAGCUUUUGCUUUCAGCAUCCUCUUCCUGUGACUAAACACACAUGAGGCUUUCUGAACACAAGCAAAGCGUCAUUUGGCACACUCGUCGCCUGCGUAUUUGCGCAUCACCAAGCGCCUUAUCGAGGAGCUCGAUCGUUUUUCAAGCUGCACUGCAAAAAACAUCCAUCCCAGCUAACGAGUUUGCUGUUGAAAGUUCUUGAAACGCGGGGAGCUGCCUUUUUUUCAUUUAGGAACAACUGGAGAAAGAUUUUGGAUCAGAGGCGUAACCAUGAUGACCGGAUUUCGGCUGAACUUGUCGCCGUUGAAGGAGCCUCUGGGCUUCGUUAAACUGGUGGAGUGGCUCACGGCCAUAUUUGCUUUCGGAAGCUGUGGUGGAUUCUCAGGGAAGAACGUUGUAUCUCUCUUCUGUGGCGACGGCAGGAACGAAACUCUCAGUGCCAGCUUUCACUACCCAUUUAGGUUAAGCCAAGUCCCCCUCAUCGAGGGAAACACCACUCUUUGUAACCACUCUGUCACGACCACACACAUGGUGGGAGACUCAGCCUCCUCUGCUGAGUUCUUUGUGGGUAUUGCUAUCAUCUGCUUCCUGUACAGCAUGGUGGCCCUGUUGGUUUAUUUAGGCUACAUGCAUGUCUACAAGGACUCUGACUUUGGACCCAUUUUUGACUUUGUGAUCACAGCGAUCCUGGUCUUCCUGUGGCUGGUGUGUUCAUCUGCCUGGGCGAAGGGCCUGCAGAAUGUGAAGGACGCCACGGGCACCGAGGGCAUCAGCGCCACGCUGGCACUCUGCAAGGGCAGCAACAUCACCUGUGAGGUCACAGAGUUCGCCAACAUGCGAACCCUCAACAUCUCUGUGGUGUUUGGCUACCUCAACAUGUUUGUGUGGGCGGGAAACGCCUGGUUUGUGUACAAGGAGACUCGCUGGCACUCUCAGAAAUUCUCUUCCCCGUCCGGACAUGGAAGGCAACAGGUCCCUGCACCCAUCUAACAUACAGUGUACGUACAGCAAUACACAUAGACGCGGUCCAUUACAAACACACACACACAAUAACUGACAUGCACGCACCACACACAGAACAGAAUCAGCCACACACACUUGAAUAUGCAUACAUGUACAGUACGUGUAUGGACAAAUGUACAUGUAGGCAUAAAUACACCUAGGUACACGUAUGAAAAAUGUUCCGUGAAUAUGAUGAAGACAAAAUGAAGGUUGAAUUGAUUCAUGAUCAAUUUAAAAACUGUUGUCCUACUGGAUUUGGAUCUUCUCAGUACAGCAGAACUGAACUGGUGUUUUGGAACCCAAAAUGAUUAGAUGUCAUGUAAUUCCCUGUACAUUCAUGGCAAACUAGAACCUAGAAUAUUUCAGAGAGAAAUGUAAAUUUCCCCCAAAUGUUCCCCUGGGGUCUAAGGACUCCUGUGGCAGUAGGAAGAAGAAGGUAUCACACCAAUGGUUUAAAGGUGCUAUAUGUAAGUAUUUAAGAUUAAAACCAUCAAAAAGAAACUAGAACUAUCAACUGAACGCUAGGAAUUUUGAUGCAAUAUCAAAGACAUCUAUGUGUUGUGAAGUUAGCAUGGUAACCAGCAAGCCCCGGCCUCUUCUGUCUAGUGAUACCACUUUAUACCUCAAGAAGCGAAACUGAGUCAUUGAAGCGUCCAGUCUCCCAGUCUCAGUCCAACAUGAGAGGAUGAAGAAGUUACAUAUAGCACCUUUAAUGUCUUGUGCCUUUUAUUUUUACCACAUAGCAACACUAAUGCAAUUAGUUUGUCAAAUCCUUUUAGAAGUGCCUUCUUACAGUUAUUCCCAGAUGGGUUCUUAUGCUUUAGCAAGUGAUACGGGCAGAGACAAUGACCAAACGUCAUGAGCUUUACAGCAGCAUUGUGGCUUGUGUUUCUGAGCUCCUUGCUUCUCUUGUUCCGUUUUAGAAAACCGGUUACAUUUAUUAUACAAAAUUUUGUACUGAUGGAUGUAAGGUACUUUGAAUUCAUGUCUUUGACUGAGAGCAAGGAGCUAGAUUUAUGCUUUUAACAUCUGCCACAAUAAGGGCAGUGUGAUCAAGGAUUUCAGGGUAACACAGAGGCAAAAUACUAUGAGGCAUGAUAUCAUAAUCCUCCAUACCAUGUUACCAUUUCAGAAAAUUUGCAUUCACUGACAAACACUGCAUAAAUUUGAUAUAGGCUGUGAAAUUUAGUCAUACAUUUGCCUCAGUGUUAAACCUUUUUUUUCUUUUUUUCUUUUUUUUUUGGCACGUUGUAUAUUUUUAGAUACAAAGCAGUUGUGUAUACAGAGGGUGACACAUUCAAAUAUUCAUUCAGUCUUUCUUUCAUUCAUUGGCUUUCUCACAUCUGCCAUUUGCCCCCUAGUGGUGGUUAUCAGGCAUGGAAAUGUCUACACAAGACUUAAAUUGGAUUAUUCAUUUAUGAAACUAGUGCAGAGAUGUCCUCUUUUCUUGAUGAGGUGAAUCUAUAAAAGCGUUUAUUCUCACAGAUGAUCCUCUGUAAGGUAAACCUAUGCAUUCAAGCAGACUAGUAAAAUUUUUAAGCUUUAAGACACUAUGACUGUGUAAACUGGCCUCCAGGAAGAAGCUUGAACAAGUCAGUGUAUGAUUUUCUUAUCACAGCAUGCACAGUGCACUCUUAUGGUGCUUAAUAUGCUCUUAUGAUGUCCUUCAAAGCACUGUGAGAGUGUAAAACUAUAAAGAACACUUGAUUGAGAGUGGGCUACUUAAUUAGCUCAGGAAAAUGUUGCUAUGUGAGCGCAGCCAAAGUCUGAAAUCUUUCAGUUCCUCUAAAGGCUUUUUGAUUUAUUUAGCAUCUACCAAAGUACCAGUUAAAGGAUAAAUCCUUCCUCGAUUGUGUCCUUUUGUUGAAUGUAGUAGUGACUUCCUCUUACUUUUUAAUUCUAAUUUUCAACCAUCAGUUGUUUUUUUUGCAUCACUCUUAGACAGUAACUAUACUGCCAAAGCUAAAUUUUUCCUUUUCCUUGUUAAAGCUUAUUUCAUAUCUUUGUUGUUAAAUCAAUAAUCUUGUUGUUGUGCAGUCCGUCCUUUUUUUUUUGAUUGUGUAUUUUUUAAUCUUUCAUGAGACACCAGGCAGUGAGCUGGUGUGUUUUUUUAAACAGUCAUUUCUUUUGUUAUUUUUCAUUUCCAGGAUAUGUAGAUGGCUAGUUUUAAUAGUUUUUAAUUUAGUUUUUGUUUCCUUUUUUUGUCCAUUGCCUUCAUAGUAAAAAUAUAUGUUGGAUGGUGUUGCUAACUAAUUUAACUUUGUUGAAGGACAAAUUUAAAUGAAACAGCGACUGUGUGUGGUGUACUGGCUAUGCCGCUGCACUCUUGUAAUCAUCAUCCAACUCUCUAUAGCUUUGUCAAUGAUUCCUGUGCAUUUAACCAGCCAAACUGUCUUAUUCAAGAGAGCAAUACACUCUGUGACAUGACAAAUUUCAAUGUACUUUUGUUUUUUCAAUAAAAAUGAAUGAUUUUUUUCAUUUA